AUGGUCGACCGUAUCCAUUCUUAUUUCCGUUCACUUGGCCUGGAGAAUGCUGAAGCGGAGCAUUUGCACCAACGUUACUACAAAGAAUAUGGGCUGGCGAUUCGUGGGUUGGUCCGUCACCAUACUAUCGACCCUCUCGAUUACGACCAAAAAUGUGAUGCUUCUCUCCCGCUACAGAAGGUGCUACGGCCGGACCCUAAGGUCGUCGCUAUGAUGAAGCGCAUCGACAAACGAAAGACACGUAUUUUCGCACUCACGAACGCAUAUAAAGUGCAUGCACGACGUGUGUUAAGCUUGCUGCAACUGGAUUCUAUUGUCGAAGGCAUAGUUUAUUGUGACUAUGCGAACCCUGAAUUGUACGUCGAUCUACGUGCUGUUCAAAUAACGUCCAGCUCUUGCAAGCCUGAACCAGAAUUUUUCCUCGCUGCACAGGAGGCGGUACGAGCCUCUCCGAAUAUACGCCACUAUUUUGUCGAUGACAGUCUCGCCAAUAUAAAGCAAGCCCUGAGGCUAGGCUGGCAAGAUAGUGUCCACUUUGACGAGACUCUGAAGCUUCAACACCCUGAGACAUCGAAGGAAGGUGUCGUAUUGAUUUCUAACUUGCUACAUUUGCAAAUGGCUUGGCCGGAUAUCUUUGAAUCACCCAAUGAACCAGCUGCCGCUCCGUUUGCCGACAAGCCUGCGAGCCUGCAAGCCAUAUAG